UCAUAGAUAAUCUAGAGCUUAUAAGGGAACUUUUUAAACGUAAAAACGCAAUGCGAUAUAGGACGUUCCGUUGUACGGAGAGGGAACCAUGCGCAAAGCAUUCGGGUAGUCGCUGCGACCGCCGGAGGCCGUGUCGCUGGAGCUUUACUCUAGCGCGAGCGUAUUUAAAAAAAUUCGACGCGAUGUGAUUCGAAAUUCGGACCGCGCGAUUGUGCUUGGAAUUUAAAAAAUAAAAUUCGGAAGUGACGUGAGUGGAUUUGAAGUUUUUUGAAAUUGGAAUUAAGUGUGAGAAGUGUCGGAGAUUUGAGUGUUUUGUUGUGUUCUAGACCGGAUUUCAUGUUGGCAUCUAGUGUUUUGUUUGCUGAAAUUGGAUAUAGUGCGGCAAAGUGAGGUAUUGACUGGGAUUCAAGGAAUGGACAAUAAAUACGUAACGCAGUGAUGCAAGAGCAAGGAUACCCCUGACGGCGACAUGGCGAAUUGUUGCAUAGUAUUGACGAUACUGUGUGCCUCAUUGAUAUCAGGGGGUAGCACACACAGACACGGGCACGAUAUCUCAACAGAGGACCCGGACCUCAGCGAGGCGCAUGACAACUCAACGCAUCAUGGCAAGGACCGCGGAGGCUGGUCGCAAUGGAGCGAAUGGUCGCUCUGCUCGCGAACGUGCGACGGUGGCGUGUCGCGACAGCUGCGAACAUGUUCGUCGCCGAUCGGUUGUCGCGGCGAGCCGGUGCGGUACAAGAUUUGCAAUAUGCAGCCAUGCCGCGGCAACGUGUCCCUGUUAGAAGAGGAUAUAUGGCGCGAGCAGCAAUGUGCAGCACACGACAGCACCGCUUACGGCGGCGAGCUGUUUCAUUGGCGCGCGCACCGAGAUGACGCUGAACCCUGCGCGCUUACCUGCCGCGGGGAGCCGCAGCAUGCGUUGCAGACUGAACCCAGUGCAUCCCUGGAUGAGGAUGACCGCGUCGUUGUGGCAGUCCUGGCGGCACGAGUGUCCGACGGCACGAGAUGUCGGCCCGGCAGUUUGGAUAUGUGCAUUGACGGGCGUUGCCAGCGCGUCGGCUGCGACCUGCGCGUAGGCAGCACGCGCCGCGUCGACGAGUGCGGCGUCUGCGGCGGCGACGGGUCCUCCUGCUCAAGGCCACGGUACCACUGGCUCGCUACCCCGGGAUCCCUAUGCUCUGCGACGUGUGGUGGAGGCUACAAGAUGUCGCUUGCAGUGUGCCGAGAUCGAUUAACGGGAUCAGAUGCGCCGGAGCAGCUGUGUGACGCGUCAAGCAAGCCUCAGGCGUCCAUCGUUCCAUGUAACACACAUCCGUGCCCGUUCAAGUGGUACGUUGGGGAAUGGUCAUCAUGCAGCGUGACCUGCGGCGGCGGUGUGCGCUCGCGUCGCGUCCUGUGCGCACGCUCCGCCAAUAUGACCAGAACGGACACAUAUGAACCUGGGUCGAGUCCAGAUCCUGGUUGCGUGUCUCCAGCGCCUCGUUCAACCCAGCCUUGCAACACAGAGGACUGCCCUGUCUGGGUCGAAGGGCCAUGGUCAGGGUGCUCAGUGUCCUGCGGCGAAGGCAUCCAGGUUCGAGGUGUCGAGUGCACGCCAUCUGGCGGCGGCUGCGACCCCUCAACCAGGCCUGAGAUCUCAAGACCAUGCUCCACUGGGAUCAGUUGCAGGGAGGAAGAGUCUGAGGACGAUAUCGAAGAACUCCUCCCAGGCGUAGUGUACCACACCCAACCCCUCAUACAACCAUACCCGCCGCCUCAAGCGAAAGCCGAGCGCCUCAUCGGUGACCCCGAUGUGCCGGUCGAAGCCACCAAUUACAAAAUAUUCUUUGCGUGUGGCUGGUUGUAUGUAAGCUACAUCAAAGAUGACGAAUGGGGACCGUGCAGUGUCUCGUGUGGAGAAGGUUGGAGAAAAAAAGAAGUUCAUUGCAAGAUAUUCCUGGAGUUCAGUAGGACUAUAGCGAAAUUGCCGGAUAGCAAAUGCAUGGGGCCGAAGCCAACGGAGGAAACUGAGAGAUGCGUGAUGGAACCUUGUUCGUUGGCUUAUGGGACUUCGUUUGGGGAUUCAAGCGUGCCUGCGUAUGGUGGUUCUGACAGCAGGUCACUGACUUAUGGUACAUCGAGCAACAUCAGGGUGGCACCAGGGUCCCCCGGCAAGUCCUACUCUUGGAAGGAGAAGGGGUAUACUAGCUGCAGUGCAUCCUGUCUCAGUGGUGUUCAGGAACUGAUAAUCCAGUGCGUUAGAGAUGAGGAUGGGAAGAACGCGUCGCCUUACAUGUGUGACCCGCUCACUAAGCCUGAGAACCGAGUCAGGACUUGCAACGACCAUCCGUGCCCGCCAAGAUGGAACUACACUGAGUUCUCCCAGUGUACAAAAUCCUGCGGUAUCGGUAUACAGACGAGAGAAGUUUCGUGUAUUCACGAGGUGACACGUGGCGGCACGAAUACCGUAGUCGUACCAAACAGCAUGUGCCCUCAACCACCUCCGCCAGACCGCCAAUACUGCAAUGUCCUGGACUGUCCCGUUCGUUGGCAUACAGGAGAAUGGUCAAAGUGUUCCAAAACUUGUGGUGGAGGAAUGAAGACGAGAGAUGUGGAAUGCAAGCAAAUAAUGGCCCAAUCUCACGUGGUGGAGCGUCCAGUGUCUUUCUGCAACUCUCCUAAGCCGGCACCCACGAAGUCCUGCAACAGCAGACCCUGUCUCUUGGACACGUCAGCUCCAGAGAUCCAGCUGGACAACUCCUCGUAUAUCCAGCACGAUCCAAAGAAGAAGAAGGUGACGGUGAAAGUGGGGGGUUCAGCCACCGUGUUCUACGGGACGCAGGUGAAGAUAAAGUGCCCAGUAAAAGGCUACAAUCGCACCAAGAUCCAGUGGGCGAAGGACCACCAGAUCAUCACCAAGUCGAAAAAGUACAAGAUAUCGAAAAAGGGCGCUCUCCGCAUUAACUCCCUAUCGCUCCGAGACCACGGUAUCUACACAUGCGUUGCUGGCCGCUCAAGCGCCAACCUGACGUUGCUAGUCAAGCCCCGGCCAGGGGAGUUCCCGUCCAGCGAGGAGAUAGAGCGGCAUAAAGCGCUAGAUGAACCAUCAUCGCCUUUAGCUGACAGAACCGAUGGCCGCUACCGGGCCAUGGUGGGGGGCAGAUCGGACGACCAAUCCCACGAGCAACGGCCCGGCGACACGCGGAAAAGCUACAAAGGGAAACAGAAGGGUAAAAUAGACAAAAUCCGAGACGCGCUCCACAAUCCGAUGACAACAAAAGCGUCUCCAACCUACAACUCGCAGGCCAGAGACAUUUACGAUGAGAACGAGGAGAGCGCCGUCUCCUCCCAGAUGCUUCCACCCAAGCCGAGCAGUGGUUCGCGGCUGCUGCCAUGCUUCCAUUUCCUGGUCAUGCAGAUCCAGAUGUUUUGGAAUUUUCAGGGCUUCGGGAACUCGAGAGGACAACGGAUGGUGGACCCGCUCAUCAUGUACCAAAACUACGGGACCCCUAUCAAAGCCCAUAUUAUCAACUUGGAAGACAAACAAAUUGUUUUCCCUGAAGAUGACGAUUCUGACAUUAUUAUUGUUAACGAAGAUUAUGACAAAAAUACCAUUGAUGAAGUUAGAGUCGAAAAUUUGAAAGAAGAUGACGAAACCACUACUGAAGUCAGACGAGUGGAAGCCGUGGAUGCCAAAGAGUACGCGUGGAAGACGACAGACUGGUCCCCGUGUAAUGCUCCAUGUGGUCAAACGGGCCACCAGGUUAGAGGAGCUACUUGUCAGCACAAGAAAGACAACUCAACGACAACCGUUGAGACGGACGAGUGUCUCUCGCGUGGCUUGACGCCACCGUCCGUAUUGCUCGCUUGCUCAAGCGGCGCGUGCGCAUCGUGGAGAGCGACACCGUGGUCGGGAGUACGCUGCCUUGCUAGUGGCGCUGCCGUCGUCCGCCGCCGGGUGGAAUGCGUUAGUUCCAAGGGCACCGUGCUGGUUCCAGAGGCCUGCGCCAUCAGCACGCAGCCAGAGAAGACUAGACGGGAACCACAGCCUUGCAAGGCAACUUGGGCUGUCGGGCCUUGGAGUAAGUGCAUAGGCCCUUGCAACACCCCAGGCCGUCAGCACCGCGUGCUCCGCUGCGUCUGGCGUCACAGCCAAUCACAGAAGCGACGCAAGGAACGCAGCGCGGGCGCAGCUUGCGAGUUCUUCAGGCGGCCUAGCGUCAUACGUCAGUGCGACGUUGCAUGCCCGCGAGAUGGCGUCUGUCGCGACACGUCGCGCUACUGCGAGAACGUCCGUGCCAUGAAUAUGUGCGCCCUCCAGCGCUACAAGCUACAAUGCUGCAAGACCUGUAACUAGUAGUUAAAGUACACC